GAGAAAAGAAGUGCCCAAAUCAAAACCCAAAAACAGUAAAAUAUGAAAUAAACCCUCAAAUCCGAUUCCAAAAAGAAAAACUCUCCUUUCUGUGUGUUUCCUAUUCAUUGCUUUUUCAAAUUUUCGGUUUUUACCCUCUUAACAUCAAAAUUACGCUUUUUUUUUUGUUUAUAAUUCUAAUCCAAAAUAAUCUCUUAAUUUUGCACCUCAAUUUCUCUUCUAGGGUUUAUCUCUUGCAACAAAAGAGAAGUACCUUCCAUAAUCAAAACUGCUCCUAUGAUUACUGCAUGCAAUGCUUUCUAGUAAAUGGGUUGUAAGUGUUUAGGGUUUCUAAGCUUUAGAUUAUUCGAAAAAUGGGAGCUUUAACAAGCUACAGCAACAAGCGAGAUCCAUUUUCAAAUACUCCUGAUUUUCACAUUUCAAAGAAACCUAGAUUGUCUUUCAUGCAUCAAAUUUCAAACCAAACCCUAGGUUCAUCAAAUAGUACUGUCUCUAGAAUCUCACGGUACCCAGAAACUAAAACUACCUCAAAGUUUCGCAGAGAAGUUCAUGCACCUUGUAGAAUUUUGAAAUUUGGGUUAUCUAGGUCGAAAGACAUUGAUUCUAGUGAAAAAAAUAAAUCUUUAGGUGAUGAUAUGGGUAAUUUCUUGAGUAACAAGCUUGAUUUUGCAAAAAGAAGUGCAAUUGGUGCUUUUAGGUAUUUGGUUAAAGAGAAGCAAGUAACUGAUGUUGAUAAUGAGUUUGGAAGACAUGAAAAGGAGGUGUUGAUAUCUGAGGAUUCUAGCAUUGAGGAAGUCGAGGCUAUUGAAGCAGAUUAUGGGGCUUUGGAUGACAAUAAUAAUAAUAAUAAGGAUGAUAAUGAUGUUAAGAUUGUGGAGGAAAGAUCAGUGGUUACUAAUGAUGGUGGGUUACAGAAUGCUGGGAGAAUGUUGGAGUCUUUGGUAUUGAAUGGUGAAGUUGAUGUAUCUAGUCUUGAGGCUUAUAAGAAGUUGUUGGAGAAUGCUGAGAGGAGAAACGGGAGAUUGCAAGCAUUGGAUUUUGAGAUUGAGGCGAAUCAGAAAAGAUUAAGUUUUUAUCAGUCAAUACGACCUGUGAAGAAACCUGAAGAGGAAGUGCAGGAGAUACCUAAGGAACUCUUUAUCCCUCUUACCCGGGAGGAAGAGACUGAGGUUAAACGUGCAUUUUCAGCUAACUACAGGAGGAGAGUUCUGACCAGUCAUAAGAAUUCAAAUAUUGAUAUUACUGGAGAAAUCUUGCGAUGCCUUGCACCAGGGGCAUGGUUGAAUGAUGAGGUGAUAAAUGUCUAUCUAGAGUUGCUGAAAGAAAGAGAAAAGAGAGAACCAGAGAAGUUUCUGAAAUGCCAUUUCUUUAACACUUUUUUUUACAAAAAGUUAUUGAGUGGGGAUUAUAAAGCUGUCAGAAGAUGGACUACAGAAAGGAAGUUGGGAUACUUCCUGAUUGAUUGCGAUAAAAUAUUUGUCCCUGUUCACAGAGAGGUCCAUUGGUGUUUGGCAAUAAUUAACAAAAAGGAUCAGAAGUUCCAAUAUCUUGAUUCACUCAAAGGAAGGGACUUCAAAGUGUUGGAAAAUCUGGCUAAAUAUUAUGUUGAAGAAGUGAAGGACAAGUGUAAAAAGGACAUUGAUGUAAGUAAUUGGGAACUCGAAUUUGUUGAAGAUCUUCCUGAACAGCAGAAUGGGUAUGACUGUGGUGUGUUCAUGAUCAAAUAUGCAGAUUUUUAUAGCAGAGGCAUAGGGCUUUGUUUUGGCCAGGAGCACAUGCCCUAUUUUCGGAUGAGGACAGCCAAGGAGAUCCUGAGAUUGAGAGCUGACUGAUGGAAUGAUGUGCAUUUUGUUUCAGCAAUUUCUGCAAAUAGCAGAUCCGCGAAUUAAACAGAUGAUUAAGAAUACUUGUGCUUACCUUGUGAAUAGAGAGCAUUUUUCAACCUUUGUCAAAAUAUGUGGUAGCAGCUAGCAAGGCGGUUUUGGUUUGUCUAGUUGGAUUGAUUGAUUGUUCCAUAAGUGAUGGGUGAUGCAGAAUUCAUAGCAAACGAGGCAGAGCUUGGUUGCUGGUAUUUACACCAUGUUAAUGCAAGUUUGAGUUCUGAAAAAGAUUUUUUGUAGUAGACUA